AUGACACCGCUAGAUUGUAGGGUACAGUCAAGUUUGGGAAAAGAUCGGUUUUGGACAGCGGAAGAUAAUUCCGAAGAACAAUUCUAUUCUGACAGUAAUCUUCUACCCAUUGACGACGAUAGCUUAGACUCUAGUUUUAAGACACCAUCAUUUUAUGAUCGAUUUAUACGUUCAACAAAAAUGCCUAGAAUUGGACGUUCAGCUGAUUUCGAUGACUUACCACUACCAAUAAAAAAUUAUCUGUUAUCGUCAUCAUCAUCAUUAGGAUAUUAUUUACCCGGAGAGAACACAUUUGAACAACGAAGUGUCAUGUUUCCUCGUAUUGGAAAACGUGCAUUCCAUAAUUUAUUAUGGGCAAAUGGUCGAGCAAAUCCCCAUCGAGUUUUAGAUGCACAAGGCAGGUAUUUAACGACGAAUUACGAUUUACAGAGAACAGCACCAGCACGUUGGCGUGGUAAAAGAGCUAUUGCUGUUAAUACGGAUAAUUUCCAAUAA